AUGCCACCAAAAACUCGAACCGUUCUUGUCAAAUUGGUCUCUACUGCAGGUACUGGGUUCUUUUAUACCACUACCAAGGUCCGGACAGCAGAACGGAAAAUUGCUCGAAUGAAAUAUGAUCCUAGAGACUUCCUCUUUGCCAACGUUUCGAGCUCUUGCCCUACUUCAGCAAAAUUGGAGAUUAACCUCGGGAGAAUACUAUCCAUCCUCGAAUCGAGCAAAUGGAACUGGAAGAUCAAUUUGAAUUACUAG